AUGCGGUGUUUCCUGGUAAACCCCUCCUCUUUCUCAACAGCCGAGGAAGUGGCAAACGAGGUGCUGAUAUUCGAGAAGGGACUUCAAAUCGUCGCGCUCACCCUCAGCAUCCUCACUAUCUUGGUCAAUUGGUUUAUGCCCGCAUUGCUCCCUCUGGAUUUCAGUGAUACGAAUGUCAGGAUCAUCUGUGUCACUCUGGACAAAGUCGGCCGCUGCCUGACGGUUCUGGCAUUGAUCCAAGGACUACAAUUAACUCGGAGGACACGACGGGCUUGGACACCCCCAGAGCAUCAAGAGAUCGGCUUCUUGCGUCGUUGGGUGAGACAGACCUUCUCGGACACCGCGUCGACAGUAGUCCACGUAAGUGAUUCUGGGCGAAAUCACCAGAACCGAAGCGAGUCUCCUCCAGCACAAGGAAGGGAAUCGCCCAUCCUCGUCGACCUUGGCCUGUUUGACGAUUCCGCCGCGGAUCAAGAGAGAUAUUUGGCGGAUUUAGUGGAGCGCGAAAGGCGUGCGAGGGAGGACCGUGAGGAAUUGACGAUGAGAGAACGGCUGCUGCAAGACCUUGAAGAGAGUAUUGGCAUGUUCUUUGAGCAUUGA